GGAGCCUGAACGACAACUUCCUGGCCCCUUUUGGGCAGAUCGGACAGAUGGGGCACAUCGGACAGAUGAGCCAGAUGGCACAGCUUGGGCAGAGGAUGGUGAAGUCAGCUCCCUGCUCCCCGGUGAAGACAUCAGGUCCUAAGAAGCUUCCCGUCAGAGCUGAUUCUUUCCACGUUGUUCACAAGGUUCCUGUGGGCGAUACUCCAUACGUUCGGGCAAAGCAUGUGCAGCUUGUCGAUAAGGAUCCAGAGCGAGCCAUCGCGUUAUUUUGGGCGGCGAUCAAUGCUGGUGAUAGAGUCGACAGUGCCCUGAAAGACAUGGCGAUCGUUAUGAAACAGCAAAAUCGAGCAGAAGAAGCAAUCGAGGCCAUCAAGUCUCUCCGAAACCGCUGCAGCGAUCAAGCACAGGAAUCUCUAGAUAAUGUGCUCCUUGAUCUGUACAAGAGAUGCGGGAGACUGGAUGAUCAGAUUGCGCUUUUGAAGCACAAGCUGAACAUGAUUCAUCAGGGGAUGGCUUUCAAUGGCAAAAGAACAAAGACUGCGCGAAGCCAGGGCAAGAAAUUCCAAGUUUCGAUCGAGCAGGAGGCGACAAGGCUUCUGGGUAACCUUGGGUGGGCGUACAUGCAACAGCAGAAUUAUAUCGCUGCCGAAGCCGUGUACCGGAAAGCGUUGAGCAUUGAGCCAGACAACAACAAGGUGUGCAACUUAGGCAUAUGUCUGAUGAAGCAGGGGCGAUUCGAGGAGGCCAAAGCGAUGCUCCGCAGCGUUACGCAGUCGGGAGAGGGUAGGUGGGGUAGCGAGAGCCACCUCAAGAGCUACGAGCGCGCACAGGAAAUGCUGCGAGAGCUUGAAGGGCCUACACCCGCGAGCGCCUCGUUGAUCGGUCUGGCCGGUUGCAGUGGCAUGUUGAGCGCCGGUUCUAACGCUGAGGAAUCUCCAGACGAGAGUCUCACCGGGCCAUCCUCCGACCAGGACUGUGAGCAGUUCGACCAGCAGCAGCAACCGCAGCAGCAGCCCGCUUUAACGCACGAGAGCUCCAAACUGGCAUCCACCGAAUCGACUCAGUCCACUGUGUCGACUGUGGAGACGACGUCGGCUUCUGCAUCGACUGGAGAAUGCUCGACAUCAUCGACGUUGACGGUCACGAGUGCGUCGGCGAGUUCCAGCGGAUCUUCCUUCGUUUCCUCGUCUGCCACUGUAGGGGCGGAUAAAAUGCCUAGUACGCCCACGUGGCAGGCACAGGGUGUCCUCCCUCGUCAGAGCAAACGUAACCUGAUGCUGUCGUUUGCUGAGCAGCCCCCUGCCCAUCUUGCGCGGCAGAGCAGUGCACCGUCUCCACUGGGACUGCACAUGUACCAGUCCCAAGCUGGAUGCGACGGACAGGACGAGCCGGAUCUUCAUGAGCAGGUCGAGAAGCAGACAAAUGUCGCUGUCGCCAAGUUGUUGUCCGGAUCGGCCGUGGCGUCAGAAGUGCAGCAGACGGCGAUGACGGCGCAGUGUUCCGCACAGCUGCUUUCCAUGGAACAGCUGGUGAACAACAGUGGACUUGUUAAGGCGCAUUCUCUGCCGGCGUUGAACGUGUGUCAUCGCGGAUUGCAGUUUUCAGAGGUGGUGAGGAAGCAGCAACAUCAACAGCAACAAAAGCAACAAGCCAGGUUAAUGUCGCAGAGUCUGAACGCGCGUCUCGCUGAGGCCAUCUCUCAGCAGCAAAGAGACAGAUGGGAGGACUACGGGAUGGAGGAAGGAAUUAUGUCUCCCCUUGUGCUCGGGGAAGGGCACGACGGCCUCCCUUUCUCUCAACACCAACUUCAGCAGCAGCAACAGCAGCAGCAGCAGCAGCAGCAAGCGGCGUUAAAUCCAUUCUUGAUCGGGAAUAUGCCCCUUGCUCAGUCCAUUCAGUGGCAUGCGAUGACACUGCGUCAGAAGCUUGAAAUGCUUCAGGAGGAGCAGCAGCAGCAGCAGCAACAACAGCAGCAGCAGCAGGCAAUUGGUUCGCAAUGGCUAAUGGACCAGCAGAAGCAAUCGCAGCUGCCUGGCAGUGUUGGCGGGGGUGUUCUUUUCCUAUCUGAAGCCCUUCGGCAACAAAAGCAAUUCCAGCAGGCACCGUCUCAGCCUCAGCAUCACCAUCAACCGCUGAUGUCCGGCAGCGGUUCUUUGUCUUCCUCUACGUCUUCUCGCUCCUCGCUUCUCCGAUCAAUUUCUCCUUCCAAUGCUCCUUCGCGGGUCAUGUCAGGCCAGCGAUCGACGAACUUGUCCAAGAGCUCCGCUACCUCGCCAAGGGAGCCUCUCGCUGAGGCGUGUCUGAAUGGGUCGCUAUGCACUUCUACUCGCCCGCCGGUCGGAGCUAACAGGCCGAAGCCUCCGACGUCGUCUACCGGUGACAAGGUUCUGGGUGAGAGGAUGCCACUGACGUCUGAUCGCACGAAUCUAAAGGCGGCACCAUCAGGGCAACUACGUAGCUCCCGCUUUGCGUCUUCUGGAACCAAGGACUCAGAGCCUGGUCAUGCAGUCCAGCUACGUAGCUCUCGCUUCGCAUCCUCCGCAGGAAACGACUCCGAUAAUGGUCAUAUGUCCGCCCUUGAGUGGAUGCGUGUGCGUGCCGGCAAUGGCAGUAGCAACAACAAAGGAUGGGGGGCUACGGGGCCGGGCGUCUUAUCAUUCUUCGCCUCCGUACCAGUUGACGAGUCCGACCUGUGGGGAGGCAAGGGCGGACAGCAGCAGCAGCAGCAGCAGGUCUUUCAUCAUAAUGAGAACAGCAAUCCCAACACUGGGAAUUCCGCGGGCGGGUUUGGAGGUUAUGAACCGGCUUCAGUUCAACGAAGGAUGAACGGUGGCAUUUUGCGAGCAACCGGUAGCGAUAACCAGAAACAACAUAGUUUGGCCCAACAGCAGCAACAGACUGCUUCUUCGAACGCUCGGAAGUUGCAGCAGUCACAGCUGAUGUCCUGGAAUUCGCUAGGGUUAGGCGGCGUGGACUGCGCGGGCGUGGAUGCCGUGGAUGGUGUGGUGGGAAGCGUCCUCUGCGCGGCGAUGGGAUCUGAGGCGGGUUGUGAGGCCGUCGCCAGGGAGGUUGCUGCUGCCGUCAGCUGUGCGGCCAAGGACGAAACUGCAACGCUCUCCAUGGCCGUGGCCGUGGCCGAUCUGGAGAUGAAACUUCAGCGAAGACUCCGAGUUUUCCAGGAGAUGACAUUGAAUGGCCAGGCGUAUGGACAUUUGUCUCAACGGAGUAUGAGAGGUUUCACUAUGGCAAAUGUGGCAUCGGGUUUCACUCUGACAAAUGUGGCGUCGAGAGACCCUGUCACGUCUCAGCUCUUGCCGGCUUGUCGGCUGUAAGUGCUCUUUGUUUUGGUGCUAUUGGAUUUCACGGUCAAGGGAACGCGAAGUACAGAUGCUAGUCUAUUGUCAAUCCUUUUUCCUAAGCGGAUGAGACAGUAUAUUAUGAGACAUUAUCGCUUCGUUUUCGUAAUCUGCCUGUGUUUUGGGUGACGGUUCUUUAUACUCGUCCAAUUUCGAAGCAGAGUUUGUGUCGUGUCGAGCCGAUGAUUAAUUAUUUAUUGGGGAGAGGCGAGCGCUGAGGCGGACGCUGGCAUUCUUGCCUGCGGCUAAAUGCGCUAUGAUCCUCUGACAUGGAUCGUACGGCGCUACAUGAAUGGCAAUUGGCAUAUACUGGAAUCGCAGCGGAGUCGCAACCGUGUGAAGGACUAUGGCGUCAAUGUCGAACGGCCCCGCAGAGCUUGGGUAUGUGGCUGUUCGCCAUUUGAGAACCUCCUUCGUUGUUGUUGUCUUCGUUCUUCAGCUCUCAUCAGGUUCAAGAUCCGGAGUGAAUGGUCCGGCGCGUUGUCGAAAAGUAGAGAAGCUGGACAAGGGGAGAGUCGCUGAUAAGCAAAGAUUCUCGGAAUAGUAUAGUUGCUUACAUGGAAGAGAAGUGGUAGAAUGUAGUAGUGUGAGAAGCUCCUAGGAUGUCAUCCCUGCAAAUGCGUGAUGGCGAGGGAGAGGUGCUCAAGAAGCGAUGGAGGUCGGUGCACCGUCGGUGCGGGUGAGGUUGCUGCUGGACGUCCGCUGGAAGAAGUGGCAGUCCGUAUGUGCAGGUGGCCUCAGUGUGUAAGCUCAUUUCUCUUCCCCAACGUAAUUUGUGAGCAAUGGUCGAAAUUCCUCCCGCUCUGUAGAGCGUCGAUAGCCGAACCGU